CCAUUAUUCGCCGACCACCAAAAGAGCACAGCUGGCCCAUUCGCGUCCAUCCAUCCCCAUCUCACCUCGCCUCCAUUGACACCUCAGCAUCCAUUCCUUCGCUUCCGUCAAAAUGUCCGACCAGGUGCAAGAGCUCCUUAACGUCCCUCGGGAGUUCCUCAGGGAAGGCGUGCAGUUCGUCAACCGCAGCCAGAAGCCCGACAAGCGCGAGUUCAUCAAGAUCAGCCAGGCUGUCGGUACUGGUUUCCUGAUCAUGGGAUUCAUCGGUUACAUUGUCAAGCUGAUCCACAUCCCCGUUAACAACGUCCUUGUUGGUGGCGCGUAAACGAACAAUCCAUCAUCCUUUCUAUCCGGUGUCAAGCGAAGAAAGAAUAAUAAGGCCAUGUCCUUAUUUUGGCCAAUCGCGAGCUAGGGUGCGCAUGCGGAUGCGAUCUUCAAAACAAGCGUGUAACAUUAUACCCGCCUGAUGGAUGAGCAGACUGCGAUGACGGCAUUGUAGUCUCGCUCAACGCGGAGGCCAGUCGUUGGAAUUGGCAUAUGUGCAUAAUUAGUCUGGGCAGGCGUUAGGGUGUGCUGUUAAUAUAUCCAUUGAACUCAUGGCAAGCUAUUAAAUCAACGCGCUGUUGGGCAACAAUUAAAGCCUAUAGUGAACUAUAUAUACCCAGUAUCUGUGUACUCACUACCAUCGACAUAUAAUCGUGUUGAUAAAGCAUUGAUCACAUAAAUAAUACUCAGAUAUGGC